CUCAUAUUCAAAGUCCCUUAAUAAUACUAGUGGUGGUAAUUUUAGCAAUGAUGAUGAUGCAUGUGGAAAUUGCGUGGGAGGACAUUCCUGUGUAAUGUCCAAAGUCCUAAUGCAAUUACGUAGACGUGUUAAUCGGAAGGAGGUGAGUGUGUACAACAAGCCUUCGAAGUUCAUGUUGCACUAUUUUACAGUCACGACACUUUAUUCGUUGUUGUUGUUGACCGAUCUGGCAACCUGUGGCCCCCGAGGACCCCUAGUGGAGCGUUGAAGGAAACAAAGAGGAAGCUCUCCGGCUCAUGUCGCUGGCAGCCAGUCAUCCAGCCGAUGAGAACGGGCUGUGUGCAGCAGGAUCGACACAUGUCGGAUAACUAAAGCGCUGGAAAGGUCGAUUUGUACCAGAUGACUUAUUUGGCAUCGACGGCUCGCGAUGGAUCCGGACGCCAACGACGAUCACUGAUUGUUGAGAAUUGACCAAAGCGAAACGAAGUGAGUGACGCGAUGAUGAACUCAGGCAUGCAAAAGCCACCUUUGGCCCCAAAACCAAAGCUGGCCCAGCCCCAGAGACCAGCGCCGUUUCCUUCAACCCACCGAAGAGACUCCCUCGCACUUCCGUCUCCUGGCACACUGAGGAAGGUCAAACCAGUACUGGCCCCCAAACCCUGCCUCUCCAAACUCACCACUGCUGUCGCAUCCAAACCGCUCGCUUCAAAGAGCCGGCUCCAAACAUCUGCGACAGAAACCCCACGCAUCGACGGCCUUCUGAACUCCCAAAAUGGAAUACAGCAAGACAACAAAAAGCCAGAUUGGGAUUACAUUAUUCCUAUUUGUCUGUGUAGCCAGGAACACUGUAUGUGCAUCAGGAACACAUCAGCAAAUAGAAGGCUUCCCCCUCCACCUCGAGGUACUGCGGACAACAGAGGAGAGAAAACGGACAAUGCUAAGUGCAAAAAUAUGAACACGUCCACCAAUACUCACGUCACAAAUCAUAAACUUCUUCAAUCACUUACUUUAGAUAAACUUCUCAACACUGACAUCAACACCUGCAGUCCUGAGGUGACCGUUCGGCCGUCCUUUCCUCACAGAACAUGGAGCGAUGAGGCAAACGGUAACGUGAUACCUCCGAGUGCACCUGGGCGCGGACCAGCGGAAGAUGCUCUUGGCUCAGAGCAGAUAUCUUGUGUCCCCCGGGCCAAACCAGUCCCAGCAGCCUCUAGAAAGCCCAUCCCUGUCCCGGUACCACGGAAACCCAGGGCCGCUGUGCUGGCCCAUCAGGAAAAGGUGGAGGAGGAGGAUGGAGAGAUCGUAAGCCAGGAAGGGAGGGAAAUGAACGUCAAAGAGGUGAAGGUGUCACCAGAGGGGAAAGGCAACUCAUCACUGUCUGUCAGUGUACCGCCUAUAUUUCUGUCUGCGAGAAGAACCUGCGCUCAGCCAGCUCCUCCGCCCAGGAAAAAGCCUUUACUGUCUGCACUUGCGAAAGCAGCAACCUCUGCUCCACACACUCCCCCGAAGGAUGUGGAGGAGGAAGACCUGGGUUGGGACAGCAGCAUCCAGGAGAUGGAGGUAUCGGUAGACAAGGAGGAUGACGAGGUGGAGGAGGAAGGAACGCUUGAUGAGGAGGGAGUCUACAGUGACUUCACACAGAGUCCUCCUUCUAGCAGUUUGCUCAAUCACCCGGAGCUGCAGCCUCCUGCCGUCACUGUGGCAGCGGAGGACGAGGUGGUCAAGGUGGUUCCCAAGAAGCCCCAGAGAAACUGCAGCCCGAUGGCACAGAUGGAGAGGAAGGGAUCUUCUGAGGAGAAAGAGGAGCGUAAACUAGGGGGCGAUGAGAAAAGUCUGGGCCUUCCUACACAGGAUCGUGUUUUGAAGGACAGAUUGAUGAGGGAGUUGCCUUUGCUUCCGGUCGUGAAAACGAGCAGAAAAAUCUUAACACCUGGAAUCAUCAAGGCUGCUCGGUCCAGCCCGGGCAAACCGAGAGCCAAGUCGUUCUCUGGCGCCGACGUCCUUCGCUCCGACGGACAGAAGAGGAACUCUUUCCGGAAACUGCUGGACUUGAAGCUCUCUGUGAAGAUGCUUCCCAAGCUUAUAGCGAAAGGAGGCCAGAGCUCAGACUGCAAUGAGGUUGAAGAAAGUGUGGACAGGGACCAAGACGGAUGUCAAAACCUCCUCAGGAAUCCAGGGGCUCAGUGUAAAUUCUCCUGCCCGCUGAUUGGAGUAGAGCAAAGUGUGGACGGAGACGAGUUAUCUUCUGGAACAGAACAAGAUGUUUACUAUGAGAACGUUCCUCACUAUGAGGAAAUAUCAGACUACAUGAAUGUGCAUGUGGGAGGGGCAGUUCCAUCUCGUCGGGCCUCCAUCUCACAGCUUGCAGACUGGCAGUAUAAUGAUGAGGGCAUUUAUGAGGAACAAGAGCCAUAUAUGUCCUUUGAGAAAAACCCUGUACAGCUACAGUGUCAGACGCCAACAGACUGUGACAGAAUCUCUGUCGAUGAGGAGGUGAGCCCCCUGGACGAUGGCCCCUCAGACGAGGAGAUCUUGGCCAACACCUCAGAGGACGAUGGCAGCUCCAUCUCCAGUAAAGGAGACCCUGAGCAGCCAGAGGAGAGUCCGAGUGCACAGAAGAAGAGCAAGAUUCACCACAUCGCCACAGAAAUUAUGAGCUCUGAGAGUGUGUUUGUCGAUGUCCUGAAGCUGCUUCAUGUUGACUUCCGUGACGCUGUGUCCAUGUCGUCUCGUCAGGGCGGGAAGCCUGUGAUCGAGGAGCGUCUUCUCAACCAGAUUCUGUACUACCUCCCGCAGCUCUACGAACUCAACCAAGACCUGCUGAGAGAACUGGAGCAGAGAGUAGCCAAAUGGGAUGAGAAUGCACAGCUAGCAGACGUUUUCCUGAAGAAAGGGCCCUAUCUGAAGAUGUACUCCACAUACAUCCGCGAGUUUGACAAGAAUGUGGCUCUACUGGAAGAGCAGAGAAAGAAGAACCCGGCAUUCGGCGCGGUGGUUCGGGAAUUUGAGGCUAGUCCACGCUGUGCCAACUUGGCUCUGAAGCAUUACCUACUGAAGCCUGUUCAGAGGAUUCCUCAGUAUCGGCUGUUGCUUACAGACUAUCUAAAAAACCUGUCUGAAGAAUCACUUGACUACAAGGACACACAAGCUGCUCUUGAAAUAGUGAAAGAGGUGGCCAAUCAUGCCAACGACAUCAUGAAACAAGGGGAUAACUUCCAGAAGCUGAUCCAGGUGCAGUGCAGCCUCAACGGCCACCAUGAGAUAGUCCAACCUGGACGGAUCUUCCUGAAAGAGGGCACCCUGAAGAAGCUGUCAAGGAAGGGCAUGCAGCCCCGAAUGUUCUUCCUGUUUAACGACACAUUGCUGUACACCACUCCUGUCCAGUCGGGCCAGUACAAGUUCAACAACCUGUUUUCUCUGGCUGGGAUGAAGGUUAGCAAACCCAGCCAAGAGGCCUACCAGAAUGAGCUGAACAUUGAGAGCGUGGAGCGCUCCUUCACUCUCUCAGCGAGUUCGGCCUCAGAGCGAGAUGAAUGGCUUGAGGCCAUCUCCACGGCAAUCAGUGACUACACCAAGAAGAAGAUCAGCUUUAUAUCUGGAAAACCUCCAGAAGAGGUAGAGCUGAGAGAUGGUGGUGAUGGUGCUCCUUUGGGAUCCACAGCCCCAAUAUGGAUCCCUGACCCACGGACCACCAUGUGUAUGAUCUGCACCUGUGAGUUCACCAUAACAUGGAGGCGACAUCACUGCCGUGCAUGUGGAAAGGUGGUGUGCCAGUCAUGUUCCGCCAACAAAUGCUGUCUUGAAUACCUAAAGAACCAGUUAGCACGAGUGUGUGACCAGUGUUUUCCUGUUCUUCAGCUGCAGAAAAGUGAACGAGCCCGCUCAGCAGUCGUAUCCCCUGGAAACAGAGCAACCUUUGCUUUCUCCAGGAAGCAGAAGAAGAUACCCGCAGCACUCAAAGAGGUGACGGCAAGCACAGACAACUCCUCCAUGAGUGGGUAUCUGCAGAGGUCAAAGAGCAAUAAGAAGCAGGGGAAGAGGCUGUGGUUCGUUAUCAAAGACAAAGUCCUGUAUACAUAUGCUGCAAGUGAGGACGUUGCAGCCUUAGAGAGUCAGCCACUGUUGGGCUUUAUGUUGAAAGUUGAUUCAUCAGAGAAGUUACAGUUUAGGCUUUACCACAAACACACACUUCACUACAUUUUCAAAGCCGACGACCUCCAAACAGCACAAAGAUGGAUCGACUCAUUCAAAGACGCCACGGUGCUUUAAUAUUGGUUAACUGUGUGUGUGUGUGUGUGUGUGUGUGUGUGUGUGUGUGUGUGGCUGUUCAACAUACUGUUUUACCUCAGUGCUCUCUGAAAAAAACAUCUGGAGACACUAUAAUAGUUGCACUGAAAUAAAAUCAAAAUAGUGUUUUAUUGCUUCUAUCAGUGUAGUUACCUUUUACAUAGUUUUAAAAGGAUGGGAAUUAGCCGUUAGUUUUGUAUAUUAAUUUUUUUAAUUUACAUUCAUGCAGUUUUGGCUGCAGUUUAAGAAUCGUAUGCCCAAAUCAUUUGUGGCUUAUUUAGACAUUUUUUUUCUUACAUUUUACAUAGUUUUUUAGUAUCCUGCUUGCUUCUGCGCAGCACAGAUUUGUUAAUGAAAGCUUAUCGUCAAUAGAUUUGUAAUGAAUUUCAUAACAUUUUGCUCGUCAUUUACCAUGUAAUUUUUAGAGGUAAAAACAAAUUACAUUUAAUGUUUCUUGUAGUCUAAGAAUUAUUACUUUAUUUCACACCAGUGUGUGUCUUGUUGUAGAACACACAAUGUGCAUGUGUCAUGCUUGUGUUUGAAACAUCCACCUUCCAUCACUAACGUUUUCUGUAACUCUGAGUCUAACUUAAGAGUCUUAAUGGUGUAUCAGAGUAUGUUCACUGUUUGUAUAUUAACUGUACAAUAAUGGGUAGUGCACUUAAGUAUCUCAACCGGCUGUAUAUAUUAUGUCCCUACACACAUCUGCUGUAAAUAAAAAGGAAUGUAAAUGAAAUGUUAUCGAAUUUCCAUGAAUUUUGCUUUUAUUAUUUAAAUUCUGUGACUGUAAUAAAUUGUUGUUAUACUGUU